AUGACUGAGCGGUGGAAUUUUAACAAUAGCGCUUUGCGAAGUGGCUUGAACAACGGAAUGGCGACUAGUGCAAGCAAUACGGGCACCAAUGGUGCAGGAAUAGGAUGUGUUCUUUUAGGGACUGGAAGUUUGGGCGAUGGCAUCGUAAAAGGGGAAGGAAACGCAGGAGCAGGAACAGGAACACACAUGGGCGGCGCGAGCGGCACCACAUUUAAUGUGGCCAACGGGGAAUCGGGUAUUUUACGGCGUACUGGACACUACCAUCAGCACAGCGGCGCUGCAGAAACCUUCGACGAUCUGCUGGUGUUCGGAUACUCGUGCAAGAUCUUCCGUAACGACGAAAGGGCACGUUUCAUCGAUCAGGGCCAGCAUCUGAUACCGUGGAUGGGCGACAAUCAGUUAAAGAUAGACAGAUAUGAUGCUCGCGGUGCAUUACACGAUCUGUCCCCCUAUGAAGCGCCUCCCGGAGGAUAUAAGGAUCGUCUGGAGGGUCUUACUGCAGCAGAACAGAAAGCAGAACAGCUGUGUGAAGAGGAACGAUACUACAGCCUAUACAACAAUGAAGUGGAAGAAGAGAUGUAUCAAGAAGAAGUCCGCAAACGGGAAAAAAUGCUGGGAAACCAAGUACCUUUCAAUUAUGAUGCACCUCUACCACAGGAAGGGGUCACGGUAGCAACAGUCGAAGAUCGUACUGCGGUUAGUAAUGAUGACCUAGACGACGAUCCGUACGUUAUUCCAGAGGGCUUCGAUGUCCCGUCGGAUAUUGUAUUGCCAGAAACCAUGAAGGAACAUGCAAUUAUUGAAAAGACAGCUAAAUUUAUCGCAUCGCAGGAUUCCCAGAUGGAGAUCUUGCUUAAAACAAAGCAGGCCAACAAUCCUUUGUUCGAUUUUCUCAACCAAAAUGGAAGACUAUUUCGGUACUACCGGCAUAUGCUGCUAGCGUUCCGCACCAACCAGUACCCUGCGUUAUCAGAACAGCCAAUGGAGGAACAAAACGCGACCGUACCCGAUGGUGUUGGUACGACAGAAAAUGAGCAGGCGAUCCUGACUCGUCCCACGAUAUUCGUUCCCGCCAUUAAGUACAAGCCAUCCGUGGACUGUGCCUAUACACAGCUGAUCAGCAAGAUAACAGGAGCCCCGAUACCGACAAUCUCACUCGAUGUCACAGAUAAUGCAGGAGAGACUUCGACGGGCACUCUGCGACUAACUGCGCUUAAUACAGAAGUUGAGUAUUAUCCGGAUGCCACAGUCACUUCGGUUGAAGUGAAGAAGGUAUCCACAGGACUCGCUGGAUUGGUUCAAUAUGAUUCUGACAGUGAAAAUGAUGAUGAAAAUGAAUCCCAAAAAAAUGUGCCCAACAAUGAAGAUGUCGCGAAGACGAGUAAAGAAUUUCCUCCUUUUCAAGGUUUAGUGCCUGCGCUGGCUAUUCAGCAUGUUAUCGAUCGUACUGCUACAUACGUGGCAAAGAAUGGGUAUAGUUUUGAAGAAGCGCUACGGGUCAAAAACGAUCCUCGAUUUGUGUUUCUUAAUCAAACCCACGAAUUUUAUCCAUACUACGCUUAUCGAGUUCGCCAUCGCAUGAAUAGCGGGGAUGACGAAGUUGGGCUACCGUUGCGCCAAAACCCUCCAAGUCCACCACCAACGAAGGUACGCACUGAAAACGAAAACGGUACCGUGGUUGAGACGACACCCAGUCUAGGCAUUAAAGCGGUACAUACGGCAGCACCGAAAACCAUUCCUGUGCCAGUGACGAACAUUCAGCAUCAGAAGCUUGGAGCACCGGUUAGUUUUUCGCUCGUUCGCAAGGUAAAGGAUGAAACUGGUCCGGUGAAGACCAUGCCAGGACUAGGGAGCGAUGAAGAAGAUGAAAUUUCUCAAAUUUGUACAGAUGAUGAACUCAAGCGACAGCAUGAUUCAGAGAGUGGGGCAACAGUACAAAAUGGAUCCGAUAGCAAAGAGUAUGCACAGAAAGAAUCAAUAAAUACACCACCAAGUUCUUCUAAGGAGGAUAUUGUGAAUGAUCUCGUUGUGGGCGGUACUGAUGUUUUGGAAGCUUCUCCACCGCGAUCGCUCUCAAGGACUCCCGCCACUAGUCCGUGUAUAGAAAAAGAACCAGCUGCUACAAAGGAGAAACAGGCUGAACGCAAAAAACGUGUUAAUAUGUUUGUAAAUCUGAUCAAGCACGUUGAUCGGAAGCCAGAUGUGCCACAGGAAGCAUCUCUUAAUGGCGGAAUGAUAGCGAAGAAAGUAGUUACUGAUGAAACAGUACCGAGGGAGCUGACUGUAAGUGAUGACGACGAAGGAUCCAUCCAUUCGAUACGUUCAACGAGUUUGUCUCCAAAAGAACAGAAUUCGUUGCCUUCGGAGAUCACCACAACUGUGAUCGAAGAUGAUGAUGAUGAUGACGACGUCGUGUUGGUCAGUGAAUCGCGUCCAAUGCCGGUACCUUCCCGUUCAUGUUCACGUGGUGAAGCGGUUUUGGAUACAGAACGUUCCAACAAUGGUUCCAGUUCGAGAUCGAAAAAGAAAAAAUCCAAAAAUCAUCGAUCAGUGCGGGGAAAGAAGAAAUCGAAAAAGAAAUCCCGCUCUCAUUCAUCGUCUCGUUCGAGGGCCGAUCGGUCCUGUUCGCCACGUUCACGUGAGCGAAAACGCAAUCGCAGUGGAAGAAGUCGUUCUAGGUCGAACAGCAACAAAGAAAGUAGCAGCAGUACCAUUUGCGACAAUAGUACCCUUAGAAGUCGAGUUAAACAUGCGAAGCGAUCUGAACGUGCCAACCGUAGCCGAUCGGUUUCUCGAUCUCAGUCACGGUCUCAUCUGAAAUCAAAACAUUCACGGAAACGUUCAUCAUCCGCGCAAAGAAAGCGAAAGGAACGCUCACGUAGUCGUUCAGCACGACGGAAAAGCGACAGUGAUACGGAAAAUCGACACCGGCGAAGUCACCGAACAAGACCAGAGGUCCGUAGCGAUAGACACUACGAUUACGACGAACGAUAUCCCCCAACCCGGGCAAGAUAUUGGGAUUGCUGAGGAUCCAAUUUGGAGGUUAGUAACAUUCAGCGAUUCGUCUCGAAAUGGGAAUGGUGGUAAAAAUGGAUUUUAUUUGUACAGUUAAGGAUUAAGCAAUAAAGCUCAGAAAAUGAUAUCAAUAU